CGGGCAAAGUUAUUUCGAUUCUCUUCAGAGAAUGAUCUCCCAGAAUGGAAAGAACGGCACAGGGGAUGUCAAGAUUCUCAAGCAUAAGGAGAAAGGGACCAUCCGCCUCCUCAUGAGAAGGGACAAGACCCUGAAAAUCUGUGCCAACCACUACAUCACAGCAAGGAUGGAGCUGAAGCUGAAUGUGGGCAGUGACCGUGCUUGGGUCUGGAACACCCGUGCCGACUUUGCCGAUGAGUGCCCCAAGCCAGAGCUGCUGGCCAUCUGCUUCCUGAGUGCUGAAAAUGUGCUGAAAUUCAAAACAAAAUUUGAAGAAUGCAGGAAAGAGAUUGAAGAAAGAGAAAAGAAAGGGAGCGGAAAUGAUAAUGCUGAGAAAGUGGUGGAAAAGCUGAAGCUCAGUCAGUGAAGGAGACCAAGGAACCAGAAGAGAACAAGGAGAAAGCAGAGGAGGAGAAGCAAUAAGUUGUCUUCCCUUGUUCUCUUUCCCUUCCUUUCAUUUCCUUCUUUUUCUUUUUAAAAAUUUGCCCUGCCCCUCUUUUUUUUGGUUUAUUUUUAUUGUUUUGUUUUUACAAAGGUUUUAUAUAAAGAAUUGAAUUCCCCCCCCCAAAAAAAAAAGGCUUGAAGACCUGCUUCACCACCUGUGAACUGACUCCCCUGCAGGUGGGGAAAAGGUGCAGGGGCUUGAACUGGGAUCCUUACACCAGUCCUUGUGCUUUGUGCCACAUGCGCCUAAUCUGCUUCACUACCACCCGACUCCCCAAUUCAAGGCUUUAUUAGGGUGAUACAGGGGUAAAUGGCAAAUAUCUAGGUACUGCAAAAUAAGCAAUUAUCAUCAGGGGUUAAGAAUACGCUAGGUCCAUAAAUAGUUAUCUAAACUUCAGUCCCAUGAGAUAAACAAUUACCAGCCGAGGUAUUAGUUGGUCAUGGCUGUAGGGGAGUCUUAGAGUUUACUGGCUAGCUGAGUCAUACAUGUUCAGUUCCCAGGAGAUGUAGCCAUUGGGGAACCUCGAUGCUUCUGACCAGAAGAAGCAGCAGCAGCCAAAGAGAGUGGACUUCUGGCUGGCUGUGCGCUUCCCCCCCUCCCCUUUGUUGCCCUUGUUUUUCAUUAUUGUUGCUAUUAUUGUUGUUGUUACUGCUGUCAUUGUUGGAUAUGACAGAAAUCGAGAGAGGACGGGAAGAUGGGGAGAGAAAGAUAGACAUCUGCAUACCUGCUUGUGAAGUGACCCUCCUCCAGGUGGGGAACCAGGGGCUUGAGCCAGGAUUCUUAACACCUGUCCUGGCGCUUUGCACCAUGUGCGUUCAACCUGCUGCACUAUGGCCCAGCUCCCCGGCUGUGCUUUUAAAAAAAAAAUACUUUAUUUAUUUAUUUAUUUUCCUUUUUGUUGCCCUUAUUUUUAUCGUUGUUGUGGUUAUUAUUGUUGUUAUUGAUGUCAUUGUUGCUGGAUAGGAUAGAGAGAA